AUGAUUUCGAGAUUUUCCCGUUUUGCUGCUGUGCCAAGGCAAUUGACCAGACCAUCUAUUCAAAUUGCCAGAACCCAAUUGUAUUCGACUUUCAAAGCCGAGGACCAACCAAGAAUUAGAAUUGGUUCCGUUGCCCCAGACUGGACUGCCGAAACCACCCAGGGCAAAUUCAACUUCCACGAGUUUAUUGAAAAGAACAAGAAAUGGGUUGUGCUUUUUUCUCACCCAGCAGACUUCACACCUGUUUGCACCACUGAAUUGGGUGCCUUUUCCAAACUUGCACCAGAGUUCAACAAGCGCAACGUUGCUCUCUUCGGUUUGUCCACUGAAGGUGUCGACAGUCACAAGGCUUGGAUCAGCGACAUUGAGGAUGUAACUGGUGGUAACCCAUUCAGUUUCCCUAUCAUUGCCGACCCUAGUAAAGAGAUUGCAUUCAAGUACGACAUGCUUUCUGAAGAUGAUUUCAAGAAAAUGGCAAACCAAGCCGUAUUCACUGUGAGAUCUGUAUUUAUCAUCGACCCAUCCAAGAAGGUCAGAUUGAUCAUGACAUACCCAGCCUCUACAGGUAGAAACUCCGCUGAAGUCUUGAGAGUUAUCGACGCUUUGCAAUUGACUGACUCCAAGGGCGUUGUUACCCCCAUCGACUGGACUCAAGGUGAAGAUGUUAUCAUUCCACCUACCGUUUCUGAUGCAGACGCCAAGGCCAAGUUUGGUGACUUCAAGACUUUGAAGCCAUACUUGAGAACCACUAAGGCUCCUCAGUAA